AUGAGUCACAAUAUGCAUGAUCAGGCUCUGCCGCUGAGCAUCCAUCGCGGCGGCAGUCGAAUGGGGGAGCUUCUGGUGGCCGAUACCCUGGUCGCUGCCGGUUCCUCGGCGCUCAUCACCCCGGCGGUGAUGAUCUUUGACAGACUCGUCGUUGAAAAGUCCUUCUACAACCAGCCCAUGUUGCCGGCCUUUCGUCGGCAUUUGUGGUUCUCCAUCACACAGCCCACCACUUUUUUGACCUCUCGACCGAGCCUGCUGGUCUGGUCCCUUUAUACCGCCACGUUUGCAACGGCCAACAUCUCCGAGACCUUGCUGAGCAAGGUUUACCCAAAGAUUGACCAUGCCAUUGCCGGCAUGACCACAUUUGCCGCGACCUUUGUGGUCAAUUCCUCUGUGGGCAUCUGGAAGGAUGUCAAAUUCGCCCAAUUGUUCGGCCACAAAAGCAAUGUCUCUCCUUCACCUCCCGCCACGACUUCUAUGCCUACAUCCGCUCCUUUAUCAUCAGCAUCAUCAACGUCUGCUUCCCCAUCUGCAUCCGCUUCAGCCUCAGCAUCCGCAUCCGCAUCAGCGUCCACCUCCACCUCUUCUCCCAAAACCGACUCUUCCCUCCCCAAAGCUGCCCGUUCCAUCGGUCGCACGCGAAUCCCUCUUGCCACAUACUCCGCCUUUCUCCUGCGAGAUGGUCUCACCAUCUUCGGCUCCUUUAGUCUCCCCGCCAUGGUCUCCACCGCCAUUCCCGACUCCGUCGCCUCGCAGGAAUACCUCAAGAUUCUCAUCGCCCAGCUAGCCAUUCCCGCCUCCAUCCAACUCAUCAGCACCCCAAUCCACCUCUUCGGUCUGGACCUGUACAAUCGACCACAGCCCAUGCCCACUAAAGAACGAAUGAGCCGAAUCAGCCGGGACUGGAUCGGCGCGUCUCUCUUACGCAUGUGUCGAAUUAUCCCGGCCUUUGGAAUUGGUGGAUUCCUCAACACAGAAGGUCGUCUAUACUUGCACGAUCAACUAGACGAAAAACGACGAUCCUGA